CGAUAUUUAAUCGCAGCCCUGGUUCUGUUUUUUGUGCCAUUAACUCGCAAACCGAGCUGGUCUCUUUCUUUUUAACCUCACGACUUUGCAAGAGACAAUGGCGGUGCGUUACGAGCUGUGCAUCGGCCUCAACAAGGGCCACAAGACCACCAAGGUCAAGAACGUUAAAUACACCGGUGACAAGAAAGUCAAGGGUUUGAGGGGUUCCCGCUUGAAGAACAUCCAGACCCGCCACACCAAGUUCAUGCGCGAUCUUGUGCGUGAGGUGGUGGGCCAUGCUCCCUACGAGAAGCGCACCAUGGAGUUGUUGAAGGUGUCCAAGGAUAAGCGCGCUCUCAAGUUCCUGAAGCUCCGCUUAAGCACACACAUCCGUGCCAAGAGGAAGCGUGAAGAGCUGUCCAACAUCCUCACCCAGCUGAGGAAGGCCCAGACCCACGCCAAGUAAAAGGAUUCGCAGUUCGCAAGAUGAUGCACGAUGACAAACAUCGAUUGUGUCGCGCGUCCAAUGUUCCGGCAUUGCGUGCCGCCUAUUUUUUUCUGUUUUUGUGCAUAAUUAAUAUCCAAACUUACUUGGGAAUGAGUCAAAGCAUCCCAGAAUUAAACAAAAAAAACAUUUAAAAAACCCUUAAA